AUGGAGAUCCCGUCGUCGUCGUCGUCGUCGUCGUCGUCGUCGUCGUCGACGUCGUCGUCGUCGUCGACGUCCGAACCUUCGGAGGAGGUCGUCGCGCACACGGUGUUCAACCACUUCGCGUCGCGAGGCUCGCACUGGCUCCCGACGCGCUGGCGGACGUCCUUGGACGACUGGUCGCACGAGUGGUGGCGUCGCGGGAUGCUCCAGAGGCUCCGUCGCGACCGUCGAACGAGCGGUCUGGGAAGAGAAGAAGGUAUCGUGAAUGACAUCGAACGCCGCGCGAGAGACCUGCGCGCGAGGUACGACGUCGACGGCGACGCCUUCCGCGACGUCGUCGUCGGCGUAUUUGGAAGCGGGGCGCACCUCGACGCGGCCGCGAGAAGCCGCGACGCGUCGCACGUGAAGCACGCGUGCCGCGCGCUCGCCACGCUUCGCGCGUUGCGACCGUGGAUUAAUGACGACGCCGCGUUGAUACCGUUGAUACGCGAACACAACGGCGGGGAGCGGCUCGCGGCGAGGAUGGUGAACGCCGGCGUCGCCGCCGCGGUGACGAUGUCGAGGGAUAAGGUCGGGCUGUGCGUGAAGCUGUUGAGAGGACUCGCGUACGAUCACGGCGACGUCGGAUGGGACUGGAGAGAGGCGCCGACACCGACGGGCGCGCGAGCGGAAACCGACGCCGGCGGCGGCGGCGACGACCCCGAGGUGGUGUUCGAGAUGCGCACGUCGCGGUGUCUGUACCACUCCGUGUUCGCUGCGGAGGGGGAAGGCGCGCUCGCGAGUGCGACGUGUUGCGCCGUGGACGGGGCGAGUUGGUUCGAGAGCGGCGGCGGCGGCGGCGGCGGCGGCCGCGAUUGGUUCGGCGGCGUGGCCGUCGCGCGGACGGAAACGCUGAGCGCCGGGGACGCGCGAUGCACGCUGCGCGUGACUCGGCGAGGAGGCGGACGGUAG